AUGCCUGGUAAACGAAAGUUUGCAGGCAUUGGGAGACCUGCGAAGCGACCCAAUUAUAAGACCAUCCUUGAUGAGUGCGAGGUCACUAUUGCACUCAUCAAGGAUGCUCUUGAAUUACUCGCGAGUUUGCGCAAUGGCGCUGUUAAAAACGAGUUUAUAGCGCGAUGGGUUGCCGAAUGUUCUUGCAACGAACAAGUUUUAACAAGUCUUUUAAGAUCUAUGCAAUUUACGCAUGAGAAAAGUCGUUGCCAGAACAUUCUACAAUUCAUUAUGAGAUUUAGAGUUUUGUUCGAAUCUCAAGCGGUAGAGGGCGGUGGUAUACAAGACCCUAAUAUUAAUAAUCGCGUGCGUUGGGCUAUGUGUGAGUCAGCGUUUGAGUGCCGAUUGUACACGUAUGUCAUAUUAAAUAUUGUACAUGUAGAUAUAGGUGCGUUUUUGAACGAUGCGGCCAUUUUGUUUCAAGAGCACAUUCAAGAUGCCUUAAAUCAAAAUGGUCCCAUUAUCGUAUAUGGUGUUUUAACUGCUAAUUUUAAAAGAGUGCAGAAUGAAGUGGAGGUAGUGCAGCCAAUUCCAUUCUCUUCUAAAUCUAACAGCAUCUUCCUCACAACUUUAUUGGAGGACUGGUUCGAGGUCAAUUUGAAGCAGCCAAUCCUGAGGAAUGUGGAGGAGUUCCAUGAAAAGGGGUCCAGCUGGAAUCUACAGUCUAUAGUUAAAUAUGGUAAUUUCUCUGUUCACCCUCUUCAUCUGACCGCAGUGAAGAGGGAUCAGCAUGUAAACCUGUUACAUGUAGUAGAUUAUUAUAUAGAUGAAAGUGUUAAUGAAGAUAAUGUAAACAAUGAUUCUAACGAUAUUGAUUUUAUGAAUUUCCACUAUGUUUGGAUUAAAAAUUUAUCGCGGUUAGUAUCCAAACAAUUGACUAACCAUAAAUGUAAAAAAUAUAUUUGUGAUCGUUGUUUACACUAUUUUUCAUCAGCGGAAAGAUUGAAUGUACACGAUGAAAAUUGUAAACGUAUGAAUGUAUGUAGCGUAAAAUUACCGAAUGCUGAAAAUUGUAAAAUUACCUUUAAAAAUUAUGAUAAUAUGGAGAAAGUUCCUUUUAUCAUCUAUGCCGACUGUGAAAGUUUACUUCUUCCCGUUGAAGAAGAUACAGAUAAUUUAAGUAAAACUGAAAUUUUCCAGCGCCAUAAAUUGCUUAGUAUAGGUUAUUAUGUAAAAUGUAGUUACGAUGACUCAUUGUCCGUGUAUGUACCGUGUCCGAGGCAGGAAAAUGAUCCUGCCAAGUGGUUUGCUGACGAGUUAAGGCAAUUUUCCGAGAAAAUUGAUAAUGUAUUUAAGAAUCCUAUUUCUAUGGAUGCCUUAACUCCUCAGCAAAUCGCUGAUUUUAAGAAAGCAAGCGUAUGCCAUAUUUGCCGUAAGAAUAUACCAGCUAAUGUUAAAAAGGUUCGCGAUCAUUGUCAUCUUACUGGCAAAUAUAGAGGUGCUGCGCAUAAAUCAUGCAACUUGAAUUAUCAUGAGUGCCAAAUCGUACCCAUUGUAUUUCAUAAUUUAAGUGGGUACGAUGCACACUUUAUAAUUCAUGCUGUAUCGACGAGCUUUGAAGGUCGAGUUGACCUCCUCCCCUUGAACAAGGAGAAAUAUAUCUCCUUUACGAAAAAUAUCAAGGGGAGUGUGGUUAAAUUACGCUUCAUUGACUCGUUUAGAUUCAUGGCAGCAUCUCUAGAAAAAUUAGCGUCAUAUCUUGACGAAUAUAAAAUUGUUGAAUCCGUAUUUGCCAGUACGGUGACAGAUCGCGAAAAAAUUAAAUUAUUAACGAGAAAAGGUGUCUUCCCUUACGAGUAUUUAGACUCGCGAAGUAAGUUGGAUGACACCGAAUUACCAGCCAAAGAGAGAUUCUAUAGUACUCUCUAUGAUGCUGGUAUAUCCGAUGGUGAAUAUGAGCAUGCGCAAAAAGUCUGGUCUGAAUUUAAUUGUCAAACCUUUAACGAUUACGUUCACCUUUAUAUGAAAACAGACGUGUUAUUACUCGCCGAUGUCUUUGAGAACUUUCGCGAACAAUGUUUAAACGCGUACAGGUUAGAUCCAGCACACUAUUAUACUACCCCCGGUUUAACUUGGGAUGCUAUGCUCAAAUAUACGGGCAUAACAUUGCAACUUAUAACUGAUAUAGACAUGAUGAUGUUUAUUGAGUCGGGUAUCAGAGGUGGUAUUAGCCAGUGUUGUAACCGUUACGCUAAAGCGAACAAUCACUAUAUGGAUCAGUUCGAUCCUACGCAAGACACCCAAUAUAUUAUGUAUUUUGACGCGAAUAAUUUAUAUGGUUGGGCAAUGGCACAAGCGCUACCAAUUGGUGGUUUCAAGUGGAUUGCCAACCCAGACGAGACCUUUAACUUCAACGUACCCGACGACUCUUCAGUCGGGUACAUGUUGGAAGUCGAUCUCGAAUAUCCCGAGAGCCUUCACGAUUCUCAUAAAGACAUACCGUUUUGCGCAGUUAAUGCAAAACCUCCCAUGUCCAAGCAGGAGAAAUUACUCACAACUCUCCUGCCUAAAGAGAAGUACGUGAUGCAUUAUCGUGCAUUGAAACAGGCUCUCGGGAACGGUCUCAAACUAGUCAAAAUACAUCGGGUGCUCCAAUUCAACCAAUCACAAUGGUUGAAACCCUAUAUAGACUAUAAUACUGCCAUGCGAACAACUGCAAAAAAUGAAUUUGAAAAGAAUUUAUUCAAAUUAAUGAAUAACGCAGUGUAUGGUAAGACCAUGGAAAAUGUUCGCAAGCAUGUAGACAUUAAAUUGGUUACACACUGGUUCGGCAGAUAUGGUGCCGAAGCCCUCAUCUCUCGGCCCAAUUUCCACAGUCGUGCAAUAUUCGAUGAAGACCUUGUGGCCAUCGAAUUACGAAAGACUGAGGUCCUACUCAAUAAACCGAUUUAUGUGGGUUUAAGUGUGUUGGAUGUCACGAAAACGCUUGUCUAUGACUUUCACUACAGUUACAUGCUUCCGAAAUAUGGUGAAGCAUGUAAACUGUUGUAUACAGACACUGACAGUCUAGUGUACGUAGUGAAAUGUCAAGACAUAUAUAAAGAUAUGAAAGAAGACAUCCACAAGUUCGACACAUCUGACUAUCCGGUAAACAAUGCGUAUGGUAUUCCGCAAGUCAACAAAAAAGUUCUCGGCCUAAUGAAGGACGAGUGCAAUGGUAAAAUUGUUACUGAAUUUGUUGGCUUGCGGAGUAAAAUGUAUAGCAUACGCGUUGAAGGUGAAGAUUUCGUUAAGAAAGCUAAAGGCAUUAAAGCGGGAGUCGUCAAAAAGUCUAUUCAUUUUGACGAUUACGUUGAAUGCUUGCGUGAUUUUAAGAUUCAGACUAGAACUCAAUACAACAUUAGGUCACGGUUACAUAAUAUAGAAACUGUUAAACAAGUUAAAGAUACUUGCUUACCGAGAAACUCUAGUCCUGGAAUAAAAUCUUCGACAAAGUGCAACAUAAUCAUGAUAUGCACGUAG